AUGUGGCUACGCGUCUCAACAAUCGCCGCCAUAUGUGUUUUCAUAGACGUCACAGAUGGUGCAGCUUUAGAAAAUGAUCUUGAAGCCGUUUUUAGGCAAAGAACUCAUUCUGACUGGACAAAUGCUUGGCAUCAAGAGAAAUUUUCUAGAUGUAGAGACACUCUUGUAAAGCAUCUGUAUUGGGCUUGUGAAAAAGAUAUCUACAGGAUAACAAGAAGGAGAGAUCCUAGUUUCAACUUUAUAGAACGUAAUAAUGAAUAUGAAAUGAAAUUCCCAUGGCAGACGAGGACCGAAGCCUACAAAAUCCUACGUUUCCGAAGAAAUGUACGCCGAAGAUCUGGUUCGUCUAUAACGCACGAAUGUUGUAAAUCAACUGGUUGCACUUGGGAAGAAUAUGCUGAAUACUGUCCCACCAAUAAACGAUACACAACAUACGUAAGAAAGUAAUAAAG